GCGCGCGCCGUGCAAAUCGAAUCGAACGAAAAACAAAGCCCCGAAAAAGCGGAGCAACGGAAAGCGCGCAAAGCGUCGGAAAAUCGGAAGUCGGAAAAGUGAAGACCUCGCCAGUUGUCCAGCUGAGCAGGUGCAGUUGUCCAUUUGUCCAGUCAGACGUCGCUGAACUUGUCAGGACAACGGUUCAUCCAUCGGUAGGAAUUGUCGAUUUUCAAGUCGGUUGUUUCCCGGUGCCAAGUGAACGGACAUAACCCAUGAAUCACCACCGGGGAGAUGUGCGGAGCCGCGGACUCUAGUGAUUCACUGGCCUAAGUUGAAGAACAGUUCUCAAAGACACAAGAAUGCCUCCCAAGAGACGCAGGAGAUUCCAGGGACUCUACUACCAUUCGUCGCCGCCCAAAGUCAUGCCGAUGAAUGGACAGGCGGGGGGUCAGAAUGGACGCAAGCGGCGCGACAACGAAGAUUUCUCGGUGAAGCUAUCCACCAUUCGGAUCUGGAUUCACGAGAAGGACAUUGGCAAGCUGACGCGUAUUCUGUGGGCGGGCCAGGGCAACCGCCUCAGCCAGCAGGCCAGCAACAACGGGCGUGUGAAGCGCUUCCUGGCCGCCGUGCCCCACGUCAUGAAUGCCAUCAAGGAUCUGCACCAGGCGGUCAUCGACAACAACCUGGAGACCGUGCAGGCGCAGCUGGAGCCACCGGUGCCGAGUGCCCUGGUCACCUGCAAGGACGGCAACGGCCUCAAUAUCAUCCACAAGGCCGCCGGGCUGGGCCACACCAAGAUCCUGGAGUACCUGGUGGGCAUUUGGCCCGAGGGCGCCCACGAGACGGACAUCACCGGCAAGACGCCGCUCCACUGGGCCGCCAGUGCCAAGAACAACAUGCGGUGCUACACCCUGCUGACCCAAGCGGGCUGCGACGAGGAGGCCGUGGAUUAUAAAAUGAAAACUCCCUCGUACUAUCGCCACAAGCCGCACGAAAUCGAGCGCGCCUUCCUGGUUUAUGUGCCGGAUGCGCCCCGCGUCUCCCCCGACAGCGCCACCGAUUGGGAGGCCUUGAGCGACGACAGCGGAGCGGUGGACACCGGCGCGGGCGGGGAUGCCGGCUCCAAGAAACUGGACAUCAAGGUCCCUCCGUCCGUGAACGGUCGCAAAUCGCUGGACGACAGCCUAGAGAACACCUCGGAGCUGGACACCAACGAUGGUACGAGUGUCAAUGAGGAUGACGAUCUCUCCAAGGCGGAUGCGGAGCCGGAAGCGGAAGUCGUCUCGCCUUUGCAGCGCCGACCGGAAACGCCGGCCACAUUCAACUCGAUCAAUGGCGAUGGCGAUGGCGAAGGCGAAGGCGAAGAUAGCGAGGCUGAGAAUAUUGCAAGAGCUGUAAGCGCAGAUGGAGGCGGAGUUGGGCAGGACGAAGAUGGAGGAGGAGGAGAUGCGGCGGUCAUGGAGAACGGAGAUCACGAUGAGGCUCCGCAGGAGGAGCAGCCAGAUGAGACCGAGGAGGUGGAGGCGGUGGUGGAGGUGGAGGUGGCGGAGCUACCUGACGAAUCAGCGGCUGAGAGUGAGCUUGAAGGAACCAAAAAGACUGAAGCGGAACCGGAGGAGAAGGAUGCGGAUGCAGAGGCAGGUGCAGAUGCAGAUGCGGAGGAAGUGGCGGAUGAGCCGGAGGGCCCCGUUGAGGAUGGAGCGGAACCGGAAGUAGCCGCCUUGUCCACCGAAGAGAAGGAGGCCGAGUCGGAGAACGAAAACGAUGACGACGAUGAGGUACAGAUGGGCGUGCUCUAAGUGUCCUCGAACGUUUUGUAGUGUAUUCACGUUUGUUGUGUGUGCCGUUCGCUCAACCCAUUUACCCCCUCUUCAAUGUGAACCCGUGCAAGAAACGCAAUCAAAAAUACGAAAAAAGCUAAAAAUUAAAAACAUUAAAAGUAAAAAUAAUCAGCUGCAGCAGGCACUCAAAUUCCAUUCAUACCAAUUUGUUUACCACUGCAAGAGCCACAGCAACAGCAACAACUGCAGCCGCAACCCAAUCAGCAGCAAAAUGCGAAACUUUAGCAAUCAACUUCAACAUAAGCCCGCUUAGACAAUGAAAUAACCGAAGCCAUAGUGAAUUCUUUAUAUAUCUCUAUACAAACAAGCAUAUAUACAUAUUUUGUAAAGCAAGUGUUAUGUUCUCCUCUUUCGAAAUACAGUUUGAACAACAAUA